GUGUGAACCUAAUACAGAAAGUAAAAUUGACCAGGAGACAAGGAUCCAUCAGAUGGCAGAGACACACUGCCAGCCGCAUGAUUGUGUAAAGACCUGGUGUUUGGAUGAGAUCCAAUUUCAACCCAACGAGUCAAUAAUGACUCAGGGUAUGUUGAGGGUGGAAGUGCAGAUGGAAGAGACUGUGGACACCGCAAGUGAGUGGGUAAUCCAAUUCCAACCAGUAGAGACUGUGGACACCCAGAGUGAGCGGGAAAUACAAACCCAGUCGGAAGAGGUUGCGGACAUCCAGAGUGAUCGGGACAUACAAACCCAACCAGUAGAGACCAUUGACACCCAGAAUGAGUGGGAAAUACAAACCCAACCAGAAGUGAUUGCAGACAUCGCAAGUGAGUGGGAAAUUCAAUCCCAACCAGUAGAGACUGUGGACACACAGAGUGAGUGGGAAAUACAAACCCAAUCAGAACAGGUUGUGGACACCCAGAGUGAUCAGGAAAAAUACACUCAACCAGUAGAGACCACGGACACCCAGAAUGAGCAGGAAACACAAACCCAACCAGAAGAGGUUGCAGACACCUUGAGUAAGUGGGAAAUACAAACCCAACUAGAAGAGACUGUAGAAACCACAAGUGAGCAGGAAAUACAAUCCCAACCAGAAGGUACUGGGGACAUGCAGAGUGAGCAGGAAAUACAAACCCAACCAGAAGAGGUUGCAGACACCUUGAGUGAGUGGGAAAUACAAACCCAACUAGAAGAGACUGAGGGCACCCAGAGCGAGUGCGAAAUACAAACAAAACAAGAAGACACAGUAGAAACCACAAGUGAGCAGGAAAUGCAAUCCCAACCAGAAGGUACUGCAGACAUGCAGAGUGAGCAGGAAAUACAAUCCCAGACAGAAGGUACUGCGGACAUGCAGAGUGAGCAGGAAAUACAAUCCGAACCAGAAGGUACUGCGGAUGUGCAGAGUGAGCGGGACAUACAAUCCCAACCAGAAGGUACUGCAGACAUGCAGAGUGAGCAGGAAAUACAAUCCCAACCAGAAGAGACUGUAGAAACCGUGAGUGAGCAGGAAAUACAAUCCCAAACAGAAGAGACUGCAGACUCUCAGAGUGA